UGUUUUUUAAUAUCAUUUCCGCUUAACACUGUUUAUUUAGCUGGAAGUUGACGUGAAGCGUUCUUGUGCCGAAAAUAUGCGAUAAUAACCUUGCAGAUAGCGUAUGACCGCAGUUGAAGAGCGAGAAACAACGGUUCGCAUUUGGGAAUCACAUCCAAGCUGUAAGCGCUUAAAACUCACUGACAUGCCAUCCGUCGAGCUAGUCUGAGGCAACAGAAGCUGUAGCGAUGAAGUGCGAAAUCCUAUUUCUCGUUAUACUUAUCAAUGUGGUGUUCGUUCGCGUGGAUGCCAAGUCAAGUGUUACAGAACUAUCGUCAACAAACUGGACACAACAUGGGUUUAUGUUCGAGCUGCUUGUUAGCAGAAUGGCCUCUUUACAGCAACAAAUUGCAGAAGAAAAGACACAGAAUCAAGACACGAUGCGCAAUUUAAUUACCAUUUUCCACAAUUUAAUCACACCAAACACAAGCAAAAUAUACAACACUUGCAAAGAAGCACCCACUACAGAGAGAAUAGUGAAACUUCAACCUGAAAAACCAUUCAAAGAACCUAUGACGGUGUUGUGCGAUCAAGAGUACGAUUCGGGAGGAUGGGUUGUCAUUCAGCAUCGCUUCGAUGGAUCGACCAACUUCUAUAGAGACUUGCGGGAGUACAAAAACGGUUUUGGUAAUCUGGAGGGCGAGUUUUGGCUUGGACUUGAUCGUAUUCAUCAGCUGACCUCAUCGAAACCGCAUGAACUGGUGGUGCUUUUGGAGGACUUUGAUGGCAAUAAGACCUACGCAAGGUAUACUCAUUUCGAGAUCGGAGGAGAGGCACAACUGUACGAACUAACGCAAAUUGCUGGGUAUUCCGGUACUGCCGGCGAUGAUAUGGUCGGAAUGAAGGGUAUGAAGUUCUCUACUCUUGAUUCGGACAACGACACUUGGGGUUCAAGCUGUGCGAUAACAUACGCCGGAGCAUGGUGGUACGGAGCUUGCCAUAGAAGCAAUCUCAAUGGAAAAUAUUUACGAGGAGAAACCAAAGAGUACGCCUCCGGAAUGGUUUGGUAUUCUUUUCGCGGCCAUCAUUAUGCUCUCAAAUCGGCUAAAAUGAUGAUUAGACCCGUGGGGUAGUCGACGCUGACAGUAGCAGAUCGCACGUAAUGCUUUAUAACAGCUGUUAAUUAAACUACAAAAUCUAUUUCUUGAAUAAAACCUAAUUA